AUAUGUUGUAUAUUCGUAACCCAAUGUCAAUUGAAGAUUUGUUGGAUUUUGAGGAAGAAAGAAUAAAUAUACAUCAACAAUUUAGUGAUAAUGAUUUUAUUCAAGGUGCUACAGAAAUAGAACAAGUAGAAAAUGAAAUCAUGAUACAACCCUUAACCAGAAAGGAACAGUUGGAUAUUCUGCGCAAUGCUCUGAGAAUUGUUGAUGAAAGAAUUGAUGAUGGUGGGAUCACAAUGAGGUCUUUACGUAAGCUUCAAUCUCGUAUUCAUGAGGAUGUUCGAAAGGAAGAAGCCGAAAAACAG